AAUGAAAAAUCCUAUAUAAGCCAAAACUUGCCUCUUCAUUGAAACCCUAAUUUCACUUCACAAACCCUCAUUUCUCUACACUGCCUCUCAUUUCUUUGAAUCUUUGCCGCAAAACCCAUUUCUUCCUCAUUCUUCACUCCCUUCAUCUUCAUUUCUCAACUGAACAUCAAGGAUUGAACAAGUGAGGCACCAUGUCGGAUGAUGAAAGGGAGGAGAAGGAGUUGGAUCUCACUUCACCUGAUGUUGUAACCAAAUACAAAACUGCAGCUGAGAUCGUUAACAAGGCUCUGAAGUUAGUUAUUUCGGAAUGUAAACCAAAGGCCAAGGUUGUCGACAUUUGCGAGAAAGGAGAUUCAUUUAUUAGAGAGCAAACUAGUAACGUGUACAAGAAUGUGAAGAAGAAGAUAGAGAGAGGUGUUGCUUUCCCGACCUGUAUUUCUGUUAACAACACAAUCUGCCAUUUCUCUCCUCUAGCCAGUGAUGAGACAGUGUUGGAUGAAGGCGAUAUAGUCAAAAUUGAUUUGGCUUGUCAUAUAGAUGGGUUCAUUGCUGCUGUAGCUCACACUCAUGUUCUUCAGGAAGGUCCGGUUACUGGACGGGCAGCAGAUGUCAUUGCGGCUGCAAACACUGCUGCUGAGGUUGCCUUAAGGCUUGUAAGGCCAGGAAAGAAGAACAAGGAUGUAUCUGAUGCAAUUCAAAAGGUUGCUGCUGCCUAUGAUUGUAAAAUUGUGGAGGGUGUUCUAAGCCACCAAUUGAAGCAGUUUGUGAUUGACGGUAACAAGGUUGUACUUAGUAUCUCUAAUCCGGAUACAAGGGUUGAUGAUGCAGAGUUUGAGGAAAAUGAAGUUUAUGCAAUUGAUAUAGUGACAAGUACCGGAGAAGGCAAGCCUAAGUUAUUGGAUGAGAAGCAGACAACUAUUUAUAAGAGGGCUGUUGACAAGAGUUAUCACUUGAAGAUGAAAGCAUCUCGGUUCAUUUUCAGUGAAAUAAGCCAAAAAUUUCCAAUCAUGCCAUUUUCUGCUAGGGCUUUGGAGGAGAAAAGAGCUCGCCUUGGUUUAGUGGAAUGUAUGAAUCAUGAGCUAUUGCAGCCAUAUCCUGUUCUGCAUGAAAAGCCUGGUGAUUUUGUUGCACACAUCAAAUUCACGGUCUUGUUAAUGCCAAAUGGAUCGGACCGCGUCACAUCUCAUCCACUCCAAGAAUUGCAGCCCACAAAAACGAUAGAUGAUCCAGAGAUCAAGGCAUGGCUAGCCUUGGGCACAAAGACAAAGAAGAAAGGUGGCGGAAAGAAGAAAAAAGGUAAGAAAGAGGACAAGGCUGAUGAGACAGCAGAAGCUGAGCCAGUGGACUCAACAAAUGAGGCCACAUCUCAGGAAUGAAUUGACACCCCCUCACCCUCAAUCCCAAAAAAGAAAUGUUUUUCAUUUCAUUUUUCUGACACCCCUUUCAGUUUUGGUACAUUGUUCACUAAAUUAUACCUUUUUCGAUAUGAAUUUUGGUAUAGUGUUUAGACAUCGAUUCUAAUAGCAGUUUUCAGUCUCAAAUAUCAACUAAAAAACAGAGAAAUUGUUAUGCUUGGAAAUUUGAUCUGUCUUCGUAUUUCAAAUCUAAAUAAUACACCAUACAAUAGUUGAACUUAA